AUGGAUUCUACAACAGAAGAGGCUUCACCGUGUGUGGAGCGGGGAUUCGAUGGGCUGCCAUAUCCUGGGUUCUGGGAGCAGGUGACAUUGCGUUCCAUGGCCAUCGCGGUGCUGCUCGCGGCCAUCUUCUCUUUGGUCACACUGCGGAUCUACAUGACCAUUGGGGUGGUAGGAGCACUCAAUAUGCCUACAAACGUCCUCAGCUUCUUCUCCGUGAAGAGCCUCGUCUCCCUGCAGCGGCGCUACGGCAUUGCUGCAGCUCCCUUCACGCGCCAGGAGAAUAUCUUCCUGCAGACCUGUGUGAUCACCUGCGUUAACACUGCAAUCUCAGGUGGUUUGCCAAAUUACAUUAUUGCAAUGAACACUCAGGUGGCAAAAUCUCUUAGAGAUGAUCCAGAUAAAGCGGACAUUAUUGACCGCAUACCAACUGGAAAAUACACGUUAUUCCUUUUCCUUACUGGUCUGGUCGCGAUAACAUUGAUGCUACCACUGGCACAGGUUAUGAUUGUCGACUACAGAUUGUUGUUUCCAACAGGCUCGGUUGUGGCUCAUCUUAUCAAUAGUUUUCACACGCAGCAAGGAGCCUAUACAGCAAAGUUGCAGGUUGCCGCUAUAUUCAAAACAUUUCUAGGAAGCUUUUCUUGGUCUAUGUUCCAGUGGUUCUUCGCUGGAGGCGAUAAUUGUGGAUUUCAGGCCUUCCCAAUGUUUGGACUAGAGCUAUAUAAGCGUAAUAGGUUCUAUUUUGAUUUCUCUGCAUCAUUUGUCGGUCUGGGUAUGAUUGUCCCGCAUGUUGUAAACUUUGGGUUGCUUUUUGGGGCCAUCACCUCUUGGGGAUUAUUAUAUCCUUUCCUUCAAAGUAAAAGAGGACAAUGGUAUCACACUGACAGUCCUACAAGUUUAAAUGGAAUGAAUGGAUAUAAGAUUUUCAUUGCCGUAACAAUGAUUAUCACUGAAGGAAUGUUUAACUUCAUUAAACUGCUUACCGUGAGCUCAAUUGACUUCUACAAGAAGAGGCAAGAAAAAGAUUCAGGGAAGAUUAAAUACAGGUUGACAAGCCCCAGCCUUAAUUAUGAUAAUCGUAAAAGGCUCGAGGUGUUUCUUGGUCAUAGAAUCCCACUUUAUGUUCCAGUUGCUGGAUAUAUUGGAUGUGCAAUAGUAUGUUCAGUUGUUAUACCUUGGAUCUUCCAUCAUAUUAAAUUCUAUCACAUGGCCCUAUUGUUCAUCAUUCUUCCUGUUUUUACCUUCUGCAACACGUAUGGAACAGGACUCACAGAUUGGUCAGUUGCACAAUCUUAUGGCAGGUUCAUACAAUUCGUCAUAGCAGCAUGGGUUGCCAAACCUGGUGCAGUUAUCGCUAGCCUUGCAGCUUGUGGGGUGUCUGUGGCAGCUCUUAAUGUUUCUUCACAAGCCAUGCAAGACCUUAAGACUGGUUAUAUGACUUUGACUUCCCCAAGAGCUGUAGUGGCUGGGCAUAUAUAUGGUAUACUAAUUGGUUCUAUUAUUAAUCCAUGCAUUUUUCUUGCAUUUGAGGCAAAUGCCAAAAGUACUGCACCCAUUGGAUCAAAGGAUUCAGAGUACUCAUGUCCCUCUGCAGCAGUCUAUCGUGCCAUUGGGCUACUUGGGAAGGGAGGAGUGAAGGAGCUCCCAGAUCACUGCAUCACUCUCUGUUUGGUUACUUUCUUCAUAACACUAGCUAUUGAAACAAUUAGAUUAGUGUCCCAAAGAAAAAAUUGGAAACUGCAAAAUUUCAUCCCAUGCAUGAUAGCAAUAGCUCUACCAUUCCUUACUGGACCUUACUUCACCAUUGAUAUGUGCCUAGGCAGUAUCCUGUUAAUCAUAUGGACUAAAAGAAAUAGACAAGGUGCAGAGUUAUUGACGUCAGCAGUUGCAGCAGGCUUAAUAUGUGGAGAUGGAUUGUGGGUUUUGCCAUCAUCAAUACUCAGCAUCUUCAAUGUGUAUCCACCAAUCUGCAUGAAAUUUCUUUCGAGUGGAAAACAAGUGGAUACUGUGGACUCGUUCAUAAAUACUUUAGAAACACAUGGAAGGACAUGA